GUGUGCCCUAAGAGGAGGACGAUUCAACCGAAGCAGCGAUGAUGUUGAGGACACAGAGAUGGAAGCAUCUUACUACUUUGAGAUCGGUUCGUUCCCAUUCAUUUCAGACAGGUACUCUGAGAAAUGCUUUCUUCUGCGAACGUGUCUUUUCUAGCGGUCUCACCAGCGAUAGAAAUCUCUCUUACAAAGAGAAAUUGAGAAGUGGGAUUGUUGGUAUCAAGAAAGAUGAUGCUGUUGCCCUCUUUCAAACCAUGACUGGGUCUCGUCCUCUUCCUACACUCGUCGAUUUCAGUAGAUUUUUUAGUGCAGUAGCCAGAACGAAACAGUAUGAUCUCGUGUUGGCUCUCUGAAAGCAAAUGGAACUAAAUGGGAUUGCUCAUAACAUCUACACUCUCAACAUUAUGAUCAAUUGCUUCUGCCGGCGUCGUAAACUUGGUUUUGCUUUUUCCGCUAUGGGGAAGAUCUUCAAACUUGUGCAUGAGCCUAACACUGUCACGUUUAACACACUCCUCAAUGGCUUAUGUCUCCAGGGUCGAGUUUCUGAAGCUGUGGAGUUAGUUGAUCGUAUGGUCCAAAGUCAACAUGUACCAGAUCUCAUCACCCUCAACACUAUUGUCGAUGGACUUUGUCUCCAAGAUAGAGUGUCUGAAGCAGUGGAUUUAAUAGAUCGAAUGAUGGAUAAAGGAUGUCCAGCCGAUCAGUUUACCUAUGGUCCGAUCUUGAACAGAAUGUGCAAGUCUGGGAACACUGCCUUGGCCUUGGAUCUGCUCACAAAGAUGGAGCAUAGAAAGGUCAAGCCUCACGUAGUCACAUACAGUACGAUUAUCGAUAGCCUUUUCAAGGAAAUGGAAACCAAAGGUUUCAAACCAAAUGUCUUUACCUACAACUCUAUCAUAGGAGGCUUCUGUAGUGCUGGUAGAUGGGAUGACGGUGCACAGUUGCUGAGAGAUAUGAUCAGAAAAGAAAUCACACCAGACAUCAUCACUUUCAGUGCUUUGAUUGAUAGUUUUGUGAAAGAAGGAAAGCUUACUGAGCCUAAAGAGUUGUACAAUGAGAUGAUCACAAGAGGCAUCGAUCCUGACACCAUUACAUAUAACUCAUUGAUAUAUGGGCUGUGCAACGAAAAGCGCUUAGAUGAAGCCAACCAGAUGUUGGAUCUGAUGGUUAGCAAAGGAUGCGAUCCUGAUAUUGUGACUUAUAAUAUCCUUAUAAACGGCUACUGCAAGGCUAAACUGGUUGAUGAAGGUAUGAGACUUUUCCGCAAAAUGUCUGUGAGAGGAGUGGUUGCCAAUACAGUCACUUAUAACACUCUCGUCCAAGGAUUUUGUCAAUCAGGAAAACUUAAUGUCGCCAAGGAACUCUUCCAAGAGAUGGUCUCUCAAGGUGUUCAUCCUGGUAUUGUUACCUACAAAAUUUUGCUGGAUGGGUUGUGUGACAAUGGAGAAGUAGAAGAGGCUUUGGGAAUACUUGAAAAGAUGCACAAGUGUAAGACGGAACUUGACAUUGGUAUAUAUACUAUCAUCAUUCACGGGAUGUGCAAUGCUAGUAAGGUCGAUGAUGCUUGGGAUCUAUUUGGUAGCCUCCCUUUCAAAGGAGUGAAGCCGAAUGUCAUAACAUAUACUAUAAUGAUUGGAGGACUAUGUAAGAAAGGGUCGCUGUCUGAAGCGAGACUGUUGCUUAGGAAGAUGGAAGAGGAUGGGAUUGCGCCAGAUAGUGGUCCAUACAACACUCUCAUCAGGGCACAUCUCCGAGAUGGUGACGUAAGCAUUUCAGUUGAACUCAUCGAAGAAAUGAAGAGGUGUGGCUUCUCUGCAGAUGCUUCCACUGUAAAGAUGGUUAUGGAUAUGUUAUCGGAUGGUAGAUUGGACAGAAGCUUUCUAGACAUGCUUUCUUAAAUGCCUCAUCCAGCUAAGUGCCGGAUGAUGAUAUAUACGGAAAACACUUUCUCAGAAUCUGAACCUGUAAAGAAUGCUCCAUGAUUCCAAAUUCUCUCGCUCAGUCAAGUCGGUCUCCACUGAUCUUCUUUUGCAGAUCUUUCUCAUCAGCUACCCUUUGAAUGCUAAUUGGUCAAGAAGAACUAGCCGAGAAACUUGGAUACUAAGAUGCUCCGAUAUGAUUGAAAUUUACAUGAAACAUAACAAUAGGAUUUGAUGUGAUGAGUUAAAAGAGAUGGCGUCAAAAAGAAAAUGUACAACAUGCUUAGUGCUUUAAUUCAAUCUGUAUAAAACAUUGUUUGUUUUAUUCCAAUAUAAUAAGUAUAACGACAAUGAAAAUGGUGAAGUUGAA